UCAUUGCCAGAAUCGCUUUUUUCCCCCACUUUCCGGGAUAGUUUCAUUGCUGUAUCAUCUGCUUUGUUGGACAGCUUCAUCUCCAAUCCUCCUCCUUAAUUACCCCAUGGGAACACCUUUCUGGGGACAGAUUCGUUGCUCCCCAUACUUUGGCACCUCUUCCUUUGCACAACCUUUCAAGUUGUGCCCAUCCCUUUGGCAACUCCAUCCCUUGCUGAUGGAGGAAAGGAUGGAGAUGUGUGUGGUUCUGCACGGGGUCUGCAGGAAUAAGGGCUGCAAAAGGAAGCUGAGCAGCUGCUUUGCAGGCAGGUCCCACUGGUUCAUAGGGAGGGAGAAGUUAUCCGUGAGGGGAUGCAAAGUGUGCUCUGACCUGGAAGAGCUGAGCAAAACGUGGGUGAGAAGCAUUAAAAAGCAUUAUAAAGGAGUGAUUUCCCAGCAGGGAAAGGAGGGGAAGCUGCUUCCUGAUGCUGGCAGCAAAACUGCUGCGUCCUGCAUGGGAACUCUGCUGGUGGGCAUCUCCCCUCACCCCUUCCCCAUCUGCCCUGCAGCAUCCACGUGGAAAUCCCCCCUGAAAAAGCCCAUUUUGUGACCAUGCAUCACAUUUCUUUUUGCAUUCAGCAUCAGCCGGACACAGGCAAUGGGUUUGGGGGCUUUGGGGGGUUUUGGGGUGUAUCUUUUUGCUGAGCCUGGCUUUGAGUCAUGGGGGAUAAUUCCAUUGCAAGAGGGGGUGUGUAUUUAACUGCAUGUGGUAGCAGUGAGUGGCGGUGGGUGGUGUUGUGACUGCAUGGGGGAAAGCUCUGAUUUUCCCCACAAAUUGGGGCUGAUGUGGCUGCUCUUGUUGUUUAUUUUUAUGGGGAAGGCUUUUUUUUUCCUUAUGUGACAUUGCACUUAAUUUCAGUUCUCUCUCAUUGCCAAUCCCUGGCAAUGCUGGGACUCCUCCUUGCCGUCUUCAUUUGGACAAUCAUUGCCACAGAGGGAGGAAUUGCAUUUCCUUUGGGUUGCUGCAAUGAGUUUUAGCACCCAGAAAUAUAUCCUUAUGGGUCUCUGCUUUUGAGGCGUUGCUGAUGGAUGGAAGUUUUGGUUUGCAGGUGAAGUGGAAGCCCCUAAAUGGAGGAAAUGAGGGAAUAUCCCAACUUUUUGGGCACAGAACGGAGCAGGAGGGAAGGUAACAGCAGAGCCAUGACCCAAACACACCUGUUUAUUAUUGGUCCCAGCCAUGGGGCGUGCAUUACCUUCCAGCUCACGAUGGCAGCGGUGUUCACAGUGCUGCUCAUCACUGCUGUUGCUUUUGCAGAGCUUCACAAUGAGACACAAAGGCAGCUCCCCCCACUGGGUUGGCCUCUCACGGGAAGGCGAAGAGCAUCCAUGGGAAUGGAUGAGCCGCUCACCUUCAUCUCACCCGUUCCAGGUGCAAGGCGAUGGUCUCUGUGCAUACCUGGGGGACUUGGGGCUCACCUCCUCCCACUGCAGCGCGCACAGGAAUUGGGUUUGCACCAAACCCGCACUGCAAAACCCGAGGAAGAACUUCUGCAUCAGCACCUGAGCGGCUCCCGGACCCGAACACGCGAUGCAAAAGGAGGAACCGAAAGCAAAGAGCUCCGCUUUCAGCUACGCUCAGCAGCAGCAGGAGGGAAAUUCGCUCCUCCAGCCCAGAUCCGACAGUGCCGCCUAUGGGGCUGCGCGCACCAAAGCAAAUCCCGGGCGGAGCUUUGACCCCAAUUAACUUUUUUUUUGUCACCGUCUGCCACUUAAUGACCGCUAAAAUCCUAAUUCUGGGGGCUAUCCGUGCGCUGCUUGCAACGACCUUCACCCCUGCCGAUGCAGCAGCAGAUUUGGGGUGGGGAUGGUGGGAAAAGAUCCAUUUUCACCCGUUUUUCUCCAUAGGGAAAUACUCGGAGCGCAGUGAGCCCAAUUGUAGGCACCCUAAAAUCGAUGAAUAAAUCGGCAAAUUAUUUAUGUUUUGUGUUUUCCCUUCUGUGUCACUGCACGGGUAUAGAAGUAAAUUCACAGAAAACGACUUUUAACGAUGUUUGCUCACAGGUAACAUUUUUGACGCUCUCCACCACUCCUACAAAUUCAACAGACCAAUUCCUUCCGGUAAUUUUAUGCAAUAAAAGAGUUUAUUU